GGGGACCACCACACGGUACCGGUUAAGAUCGUUUUAGUCUUCGACGGAAGUUGGUUUAAACAAGUAAUAAGCUCGCCACAAAUUAGUUUCAGAUUAGGAUCUAAAUUCCAAACACAAAACCAAAACCAAAAUGAGCUACUCGUGGGAUCAGCGUGUCGAAUUCAUCGUCCGUCACAUGUACGACAUUGACAACAAUGGCUUCCUGGACAACAACGAUUUCCAGUGCAUGGCCCUCCGUGCCACCGUCAUCGAAGGCAAGGGCGAAAUCAACCCGGCCCGUCUGAACGAAUACAAGUUCAUCAUGAAGUCGCUCUGGGAUGAGAUCUCCGCCCUUGCCGAUUUCGACAAGGAUGGCAAAAUCACCACCGAGGAAUUCAAACAGGCCGUCAAGCAGACCUGCGUUGGCAAGCCCUACUCCGAAUUCCCGAAGGCGAUGAAGGCCUUCAUUGAGGCUCACUACAAGAUGAUGGACAUCAACAACGACGGUCUGGUCAGCAUAGAGGAGUACCGUUACAACUGCAUCACCAGAAUCGCCGUCGAUGACAUCAAGCUGGUCGAUGAUUCCUACAACAACCUGGUCAGCGAGGAGGACAACAAGCGCGGUGGCAUCACCCUGGAGAGAUACCAGGAGCUGUACGCGCACUUCCUCGGCAACGAGAACGCCAAGUGCCCGGCCAUCUACCUGUACGGCCCAAUUCCGGAAUAAAUGUGUUCCAACCACAAAACCAAAACCAAAGCAACAUCAUCAUCAGCUCAAAAAGAUCAACAGCAACAUCUUCGGCACAUCCACCCCAGUAGAGUAGAGAGAGAGAGAGAGAGAUAAAAGGCAAGAGACCAUCGCCAUUAGAAACAUUUAUGCUUAGAUAAAGCUAUAAGACGUUGUACCGCAGGAAUGUUUGCUCCCAGAGGGACACGAAGCGAGAGCACCAUUAUCCUGAACAAACACACACAAACUGUUUACUGAAUGAACGGCAAUGAACAACUAUAACAACCACAGCAAAAUAGCAACGGCAAUUGGUAGCGCAGGUACACACGCAACACCAUCCAACCAACACCAACAGGCAGCAGCAGAAAGAGGCACCGACAGCCCUUCUUACGAAAGAGAGAAAAAAAGCGAGCCCCCCCAAAGCGAAGGCCAUGUUCUAAAUCAACUUCUAUCCAUCUACGUCCCAUCUGUAGAUUCGAAAACUAAAACAUCUCACCAACAACAUCCACCAAUUUUAGCAGGGAUUUAGAGCCCAAACGGGCGCGCCGAUUUUUUCUCCCGUAAUUGGGCUGCGUGCCGUGCUGUGCUGUACGCGCUUGUUUAAGCAUAGAUGGAAGAUCAGCAGAUCAGUGAAAACAACAACAAAAAAAUCAAUUCCCCACAGCCGAGCACGCGUUCCGAUCGCACGGUCGCCAUCGAACGGCGUCGUUCGUGCUGGAGAAGGUUAGGCCUGUGAAGAGACUUCCAGCUAUAUAUGACGCUAACUGCAUAUAGACACAGUGAAAGUUCCCCCGCGUUAGAAAACACACAACAAAAAGGCGUGGAAAAGAGAAACUCAAACGGAACAAAUGGAAUUUUUCAUAAUAAAACCAAAUUCAUCUACCAACCAAGAUCACGAGGAUAAAUGUGCAAAGCGUGAAAUUAAAUUCCGAGCAAAAGAAACGACUCUCCUCUGCUAGACACUUGCCAAAUUUGAUGAUGUACCACCACCACCACCACCAUCUUGGAACGAUUAACAGACCACUCAGAAACAGAAUGCGCCUAACAAAUGAGCUACCAUAGUGCAGACAUACAUAGAUACGAAACAGGCAGUCCCUCAACACCGGCAAGUCCUCGAUCCGGCCAGAGCGGCAGAGACAGAUUACGAUCGGUGCCAAUCUGCGUGCCGUUCACCACGUGAGGUUUAGACGAUAGGGCAGUGGGAAUAGUUUACACAACGUAAACUCUACCCUCUGCCCAAUUUCGCGUUUUCGUUCUCAUCCUUACGAUUGCGCGAUCGGCAGGUGGAAAGGCCACAGGUCUUUGUCAUUGCGGAACAUGGUACUUGCCAGCCUGCGGUAGUAGUCGAGUAGGGGGCAUCCAUCUUUAGAAGCCGUUCGGGGGAAAUGGAAGCACAAGCUGCUUCCAGCUAAUUCCAUUCCAAGCUGUGUGGAUGCCCCAAAGGAAGGACAACCAUUUUUUUUCCUUAACCAACAAUUUCCCCUAAAAUCAAUACCUCGCGCUCGCUGGAGGUUGUGGGGGAACCUCGAGGUUUGGAGCACCAAGCUCCCAAGGUGUGCGAGCGACGAAAUGAGAGCUAUUAUUUUCACUUUCUUUUGGGUGAUCGUGUUCGUAUUUAAAUAGGAGAUUUCCUCCAUUUCCUACGAACCGAUCACGGUUGUGUGUACAUAGAGUACAGCGCCCAAGCGUUUCCUUACCGCAUAGGCGUGCGUGUGUGUGUGUUUGUGUCCUUUUUUCCCCACCUGCAAGCUACCGGAAAAACGGUCACACCUUUCUCUACCUGUGUGCUGCACGUUUUCUUCUGGAGCCGGUAGCUUGUAGUUCGGAAGAAAAAAGAAUUAAACACAGACACACAUUCCCGCCAGUCAUAGCUUCACUUUCUCUUUGCAUAAACUUUAUAACCCAACAAACAAACAAAAAACACUCCCCGUUUUGCGAACAGGAAGAAGGCUUCAAAGCGCAUAUACGAAAAGCUUCUGUACGUUGUACUUUUGUUCUAAUCUGUUUAACACUGUUGACCUUCUUACUGAAUGCGGAAUCUGCUAACUAACCUUCUUUAAAAUCGUGCUCGUGUUAGAUGGUGUUUCUAGUGUUUUGCAGAGUGUUUGCAGUUUUAUCAGUUUAAGAGCUACAAAAAAAAAAGAAUACGAAACACAUACACACACACAAAAACACAAAAAUGCCCAAACAAAACCACAUACAUACUCCACAUCUACACACUUGUAACGAAUUUAUCGUUUUGCUUAUUACUUAUUAACGGUUAAACUUAAACUUGUUCUUCAAUUAUAGCGUGUUCUUUAACUAUACUACUCUUAUAGAUACUCUCUAGUUCAAGUUACUAGCCAACUCGUUAGGUUGUAGCAGCAAGAAAAAAACAUAUUACACUAUAAUCCUAAGCGUUACCGAUAGAAGGUGUGGGUAUAUAGUGAACCAGUGUUUAUAGAUGAUACGUUUUUUUCGUCUUUAAGAAAUAUUUCUCGCCUCCUUCUUUGAAAGUUUGACAACUACUGAAACAGUAAUCGGCCGUGUGUACCGUUGCAACAUCAGGGAUACCAAAGACCAAACCAAUGGCCAAAUACCAUCUCACAACAAUCUCGCUACCACCAGCAAGAGAUUAUCGUUUUUUUAUACAUAUAUAAAUAUAUGAGGUUAUGUCAUAAUGUUCGUUUGUAAUACCAUUCAACACUACCAUCGUUGAGGAAAGGGAUAGAAAACAUAAAUACAAGACAGAACAACGUCGACGACAGCAGGAAGAAGAAUGUUCGUAUAACAGCAACCAAACAAAAACGUAAUAAUACCAUGCUUUUACUUAAACAUCUUUGUAGCGUAAAAGUGUACAUCGAAGCUAUAUAGGAAUAUAAAUAUAUAGAUUCAGAGAUACAUUGAGAGACAGAAAGAAGAAAAAAAAACAAGAGCAGAGCCAGGUCCAAAACCGGCAGAUAGCGCAAAUCCUAAAGCCCGUUUAUGAAGAAAAACGGUUCAGCUAGCAAAAAAAAAAGAGAAACCAUUUACAACUAACUAACUGCAAAGUCGCAAUUGGAAAUGCAAAGAAAAGCCCCCAGAGAAACAGCAAUCCGUCAAUAAACAGCUGAUAACGGAAAACAAAA